GGGGUGCCUGAUGAAAACCAUAGGAUCAGUAACCUAUAACGUUUCCCUUUCAUGUGCAGAGCCAUUAAGAGGUCACAUGCUCAACUAUUCAGUACUAAAUAGUUUCUUUUUCUUUUUCUUAAUGCAGCUUUCUGUAAACCGCCUUCGAGACCCCAGGUAUAGGGUGGUAUAUAAAUUCAAUUAUUAUUAUUAGUAAUAAUAAUAGUUAAUAACUAGUACCACAAAGCAGAGAAACAGCCAGCAUUUAUUUUCUAUAAACAGAUGUUGUGUACCGCGAAUAGAUCAGGCAUUAUAUGACUCCUUAUGUUUAGUAUGAUGGUCAACGUGUAUCGUAGGAAGUGAAUCUCACCGAGUUUAGUGAGACUAGUAAAUACGCUUAGGAUUGCAGCCUUUGUCUCGCUGGAAUUUCUGUCUUAAUGUUUUCUGUUGUGGUUCUCGGCUGUGAUAGCUGUGUCUGGACUGAGCAAAUGAGGGGUGUUUCCUUUAAUUGCAGGGGAGGAGGUAAGAAAAAAAAAGAUGAAGGACAUGUUUUAUUACCCCAAACUCUUUUUGUGACAUAAUCUCACCCGGUAGAUUGCAAGGCUAUGAAUGCAAAGGGGUGACACGUUUCAGAUUGUCGUUACUCAUAAUCUGCCUCCGUGAAAGACAGCCGCGCGUCACCCCCCGCUGAGUGGUCGAGAUGCAUAUUAUGUUCAUGCCCUGUAAUAGGGGGAGGAGAAAAGGGUUGUGCCGGGUUGCCUCAAACAAUAGCAAGCCUGGAACGUCUUUCAUCUGCUGUCAAAACUUGUUUUCUCAUGAGCACGGAAAGCAUUCGGCUUCCGUGGGAAUGCCUGUUGUCCUGAUGAUGAUUUUGCCACAUUUAGAAUCGUUCCGAUGUUUGUCUUGCUUCAUUGUCCUUUUACGUCCCAUAUCUCUCGAUGCCUCCUUGGGUUGAGUUGGUUCCCCCCCCCUCCUGGAAACGGCUGGAGACGCUAACAGCCUUUGACCACCAUGAGUUGGAGUUUCCUGACACGUCUACUAGAAGAAAUCCACAACCACUCCACGUUCGUUGGGAAGAUCUGGUUGACGCUGCUGAUCGUCUUCCGCAUCGUCCUCACCGCCGUGGGAGGGGAGUCCAUCUACUACGAUGAGCAGAGCAAGUUUGUGUGCAACACGGAACAGCCGGGCUGCGAGAACGUUUGCUACGACGCUUUCGCCCCGCUCUCCCACGUGCGCUUUUGGGUUUUCCAGAUCAUCCUUGUCUCCACACCCUCGGUGAUGUACCUGGCCUACGCCGUUCACAAAAUUGCCCGUAUGGUGGAGCACGGCGAGACGGAGAGGAAGUUCCGAAGCAAGCCUUUCCCCAUGCGCUGGAAACAACACCGGGGCUUGGAAGAGGCCGAGGACGACCAUGAGGAGGACCCGAUGAUGUACCCGGAGAUUGAGCUGGAGAGCGAGAACAAGGAGAACCCGCCUCCUACCAAAGUGAAGCACGACGGCAGGAGGCGCAUCCGAGAGGACGGCCUCAUGAAGAUUUAUAUCCUGCAACUCCUGAGCAGGACUGUUUUUGAAAUCGGCUUCCUCAUCGGCCAGUAUUUCCUCUACGGGUUCGAAGUGAGCCCAAGAUUCCUCUGCAGCCGGAAGCCGUGCCCGCACACAAUAGACUGCUUCAUUUCGAGGCCUACGGAAAAAACCAUCUUCCUGCUCAUCAUGUACGGCGUGAGCUGCCUUUGUUUACUUCUGAACGUGUGGGAAAUGCUCCACUUGGGGUUCGGCACCAUCCGGGACACGCUGAACAAUAAGCAGAAAGAGCUGGAGGACACGGGGACUUACAACUACCCCUUCACUUGGAACACGCCGUCCGCACCUCCGGGCUACAACAUUGCGGUGAAGCCCGACCAGAACCAGUACACGGAACUGGCCAAUGCCAAAAUGGCCUACAAGCAGAACAAGGCUAACAUCGCCCAAGAGCAGCAAUAUGGGAGCAACGAGGAGAACAUCCCCACCGAGUUGGAGACCCUCCAGCGGGAAAUCAAAGUCGCCCAGGAACGCUUAGACCUCGCCAUCCAGGCCUACAACAACCAGAACAACCCGACUUGCUCCAAGGAGAAGAAGCCAAAGGGUAGCUCAAAUAAAAGCAGCGGCAGCAGCAAGUCGGGAGAUGGGAAAACCUCGGUCUGGAUUUGAUGCUGCCCCGUCUAGGAAUUAAUGCUGUGCUACUGCUGACCAGCUGAGACUCGCUGCCUAAGGAAUUCCAAUAAAUAAAAUGUUUGGCUUUGUUUAAGUUCAGGGAUGUUUGGGGCUGCCAAAGGACACUCUCCAAAGGGGUGGGGUGGGGGGUGGGGAGAGAAGAAGCGUUUGUGCUCACAUUCCAGUGUUUCCAGAACAUUUAUUUCUUGUUUCUUCCAGGUCAGGAGAAGACCCUUUUUUAUUUUUUAAAAACCCAAUCAUUCUCGUUGGAACGGUUUACACUGUGUGUACAGCAUUAUGGUACAUUUUAUUAUGCACAAUUUUUGGUAUUUGUACAUUGGAUAUCUCAGUUAUACUUUUUAUAUUAAAAGAAAACAAAGUUGGUAAUUCUGGCUGUUUUUGUAAGGUGUUUGUUUUCUCCCCUUAGGCUUGCAAAUUCAUCCUGGAUUUUGACAAUGAGGUGCUCCCCCCCCCCAAAAAAAAAGUUAGAGAAGCUUAUGAAUAGGGAUGGGAAUAUUGGAAUUUUUUCAAAUGUCGAAAGCGUGAUGCCUAGCACAAUUCUUCAGCAACUGCUUUACUAAGAGAGAGGGAGGGAUCGUGAUUUGUCAGCAGUAAGAAAGUUUUAUACCAGCCGUGUGUUUAGCACUUGCCUGGAGUGUCAGAAUCUGGAUAGUUGGCUUACCCUUUCUUUAACUUUCGAUGUGGGCUUACUUUUUUUCUACACUAGUUUUUCAGACAUGGGAGGAACUGAAAUUGUAGAGAAGUGACAGCUUUUCAGAGAAUUAAAGUGGUGGGCAAUGAAGCUUUCUAAUAUUAGUGCAUCACAGAAUUGUGGAGUUGGAAGGGACUCUGAAGAUCUUCUAGUUCAAACCCUGGCAAUGCAGGAAUAAAGCUGUCCCAUAUGGGAAUCAAACCUGCAACCUUGGCAUUAUCAGCACACACUCACUAGCCAACUCCAGGCUGUACUGCCUUCAUCACUGGACGAACAGAUUUUUGUGAGCUUUUGGAAGCGCUGUGAGAACCUGAAAUAGCUGCUUAAACCAGAGAACCAUAGUCAUUGGGGGCGGAAAUGCAUGCACAUGGAUAUUUGGGAGGCAAGUAUAGCAAAAUCAUUUUGCCUUCAAAUCUCUGAAAAAAGGAUCCUUUGCAUACAGCCUUGUUUGAAGGGUUCUUCGUUGUUGCUAAAUGGCAGGGUUGUUCUGAUUAAAUGGCCUUCCAUUUUUCUCAUUGCUCAGAGCAAUACGAAUUCUGAAGGCGGGGGGGAAAUGUGUUCAGAGUUUGUUUUGCUCAAGAGACCAGUCGGAUUUUGGCAUUCGCCUUAGGUUUAUAAUUAGACAACAGAGAAGGCAAUGUUUAGUGCCUUCGGUGCUGCCUUUUUGGCAAGGGCAAGAGAGAAUAGAGAUGAGAGGUUGAUGUGCUGUGUAACUACUUUCAACUAAUAAUGUAUUACAAAUCCAGGUCCGUGCUGUUUUGUUCUCCUCCCCGUCUUCUGGUGGUACUGGGCUAUUCUUCGUGGAACUGCUCUAUGAUUUCUUCCUAAGGUAUGGAAGUCAGGGUGGCCAGGCUGAAAAACCUACUUGGAUGUAGUCCGAAACGUCCGGCUUUCCAUCUCUCUCUCUCUCCCUCCCCAACUCAAGGCAACUCACAGUGUGCAAAUCUAAUUUUUUUUUUGGGGGGGGGGGAUAGGGCUGGCUGCAGAUUUAGUCAUGCUUAGGGUAGAUCCUUUGAAAACACGAGACUUAAGUUAGUCAUCAUGACGACUAUUAAGCAUGGUAAAAGGUAAAGGUACCCGUGACCAUUAGGACCAGUCGCAGACGACUCUGGGGUUGUGGCACUCAUCUCGCUCUAUAGGCCGAGGGAUCCGGUGCAGGGCAACGUGUCCACUCUGGCUUGCAGUGGUACCUCUGGUUAAGAACUUACUUCGUUCUGGAGGUCCGUUCUUAACCUGAAACUUUUCUUAACCUGAGGUACCACUUUAGCUAAUGGGGCCUCCCACUGCUGCCGCACGAUUUCCGUUCUCAUCCUGAAGUUCUUAACCCGAGGUACUAUUUCUGGGUUAGCGGAGUCUGUAACCUGAAGCAUCUGUAACCUGAAGCGUCUGUAACACGAGGUACCACUGUAGUUGCUUGGGCUUACCGUAUAUAUUCGAGUAUAAACUGACCCGAAUAUAAGCCAAGGCACCUAAUUUUAUCACAAAAAACUGGGGAAGCUUAUUGACACAAGUAUAAGCCUAGGGUGGGAAACACUGUGUUCAGAUAGGAGUUAAUAAGAAAAUAGAAAAUAAAAUAUAGCAGACUAAGGCCACUGCCUCCCCGCGGCACACCAUCCCAUACUGUGUCCAGUUCUGGGCACCACAGUUCAAGAAGGAUACUGACAAGCUGGAACGUGUCCAGAAGAGGGCAACCAAAAUGGUCAAAGGCCUGGAAACGAUGCCUUAUGAGGAACGGCUUAGGGAGCUGGGUAUGUUUAGCCUGGAGAAGAGAAGGUUAAGGGGUGAUAUGAUAGCCAUGUUCAAAUAUAUGAAAGGAUGUCAUAUGGAGGAGGGAGAAAGAUUGUUUUCUGCUGCUCCAGAGAA